AUCCUAGCGAACGAUGCAUGGAAUCAGUUGAUGGGUAUCCAGGGAGUUGAUCAAACUGGUCAAAAGACCAAGGCGGCAACAUUUGAGGAUAUCGUCAUCUUGCGUGGAUACCGUAGGAAACGCCAAAUUGGUGCUGGAUGUGAUCAUCUUGAAGUGCUGAGCAGUUGUCCACAGGGUCCACCUGGACCGCCUGGUGAUCCUGGUUUACCUGGAGAACCUGGCCCAAGCGGACCUGACGGUAAACCAGGAAUUGACGGUGUUGCGAUACCCGUUCUUCAAGCUGGAGGCGAAUGUAUUCUGUGUCCAGCCGGUCCUCCAGGCCCAGCAGGUCCUCCGGGACCGCCCGGCCCACCCGGUCCGCCAGGCCUGAACGGUGCACCUGGUCAAGGUGGUGGAAUGGGACCACCCGGUCCGGUAGGCCCACCAGGACCCCCUGGACCACCUGGACCAGUUGGCCCAGUUGGACCAGUUGGCCCAGGUGGCAUCUCUAAGCCCGGCGGUACUUGUGGACCGAAAGGACCAAGAGGCCCACCUGGUCCUCAAGGACCUCGCGGAAAACAAGGUGCACCCGGCAUGGAUGCAGCACCUGGUCCGAUGGGACCACCUGGACCUAUAGGACCACCUGGAAAGAAUGGUUUACCUGGCCCAUUGGGACCAAUGGGAGCGGUACGUUAUCGUCUCACUUUCUCAACUAUUUCAAGUUGCCGUCCUACGAUUACCGAGAUUAAAACCUCAUUCACUUCCCUGCUGUCAUAA